AUGUUAUCUCAGCAACAAAGCGGCGUUGCGCUUGGACUGACUUUGAUCAGGAAAUAUGACACUGACAAAGACGCUUCGCUGACAUAUGCCGAGUUCUCGGGGCUCUGCAAGGAGCUUGCUACACUGCUCAAUGCGCCAGCGCCUCGCGAGCAGGAUCUGGAGGAUAUCUUCGAAGAGUUUGACAAGGAUGAUAGUGACAAGCUAAGCAUGCAAGAAUUCAACUGGGCCUAUGCAACCGUACAGAAAAAGAUCCAGGAAGCGGCAGCGACCAAGAUCCAGGCUAGAGUGCGAGGAAAUCAGGCAAGAGCUCAAGUUCAGGCGGGAGGCACAAAAGUCCGGCCAAAAGCACCACCUCCACCUAAAAAAGCAGGAGCUAAAGCCAAGGCUGAAACUGCUGGGACGAAUGCUUUGUCAGAGGAGCAGUUAAGCCAACUCAGACAGAAACAUGACACCAACAACGACAAGAUGUUGACAGUCGAAGAGUUCGAUGGGAUGGCACGUGAAAUUGCAGCGAUAAAGGGGCACAAAUUGCCAGCAGAUGUCAGCCUGAAGGAAGUCUUCCAGGAGUUUGACAAGGACAAAAGCGGCAAGAUGAGCAUGGAAGAGUUCAACUGGGCGUAUGCCACGCUGCAGCAGGAGGUAGAGGCGGCGGCAGCAUUGAAGAUCCAGGCAAGAUUUCGUGGCAAUCAAGCAAGAGCCGAAGUGGACGGUAUCAAGAAGCUCAAGGCUGGAAAACCACCGCCGCCGAAAGGCGUGGCUGCUGUGAAGGCCAAGGCGCAGACCACGGCAUCCAGCAGCGGAACUGCCGGCUUGACGCACGCACAGAUGGUGGCCUUGCGGGAAAAGUUUGACCUGGACGGAGACCAGACGCUGAGCUUGGUAGAAUUCAAAGGAUUGGCUCGCCAAAUCGCGCAAAUGCAGGGCCACGCAGCUCCCAGCUUCGAUGUGCUGGAGGAGAUAUUUGAUGAGUUUGACAAAGACUUCACUGGAAAAAUGGGCAUGGACGAGUUCAACUGGGCAUAUGCAACGUUACAGUUGAAAGUGAAGGAGGAAGCGGCAAAAGAGGCCUCUCGAGUUCUGCAGAUCCGUCUGGACAGAUCGGAUGGCGAGAAGCUGGGUUUGGCACUUGACACGAAAACCUUGGAGGUGCGAGGCAUCAACCCCGAUUCAUUGGUUGCAAAGUGGAACUUUGCAAAUCCACGCAGUGCCCUGCAAGUUGGCUAUAAGAUCAAGAAGGUGAACACAAAGCCUGGCAUGGCGGGAUACACCCAGGAGUUGAUGAACAGCGCCGUGAAGGUGCUGGACAUUGAGGCAGUUCCAGGAUCACGUGUUCACAAGCCUCCGAAGUUCUACUACGUCAGAUUGGACCGCUCAGAGGGUGGCAAACUGGGCAUGCAAGUUGAACAGCCUUCGCUCGAGGUUCAGAAUUUGGCGGCUGGCGGGCUCGCCUGCAAGUGGAAUGAGCAGCAUCCAAAAGAAAGAAUUCGCCCUGGCGAUUCCAUUGUAAAGGUCAACGGCAAAGAUGGUUUGGCGGGCUUCAAAGAGGACAUGAUGAAUUCGAAAGUUGCUGUUCUCGACAUCCAGAUUGCUCCUUUGAGUAGAUAUCAUGAAGAUGACGAAAAGGUUCCUACAGAAUCCUCAGUGCUGACAGAAGAGGAAGAAGCUGUGGAGCGAUACAAGGUGAUUAUUGAAGCCAUGCAGGAGCUUUCUGAAGCAGAGAAGAAACGAAGGGCAAAUGCGGAGAAGAGGCGCCUAAAGGCAAUCAGAGAUGGCAAAGAGGCCCUGGCUGCACUGGAAGCGACGCACGAGGACUUCUAUCGACAGAUGGCUCGGGCAACGCUGCCCGAGGACCUGGCUGCACAGGCAGAAGACCAGCGAAGAGAACGCCUCGCGAGGGAAGCAGCGCGUAGACAACAGGAGCGAGUGUAUGACCACGAGUCCUUGAUAGCCAGGCAGCCGGCCCUACCAAGCAGCGAGCAAUCAGAUACUGGUGGCCGUUCGACAUUUGCUUGCCCUUGUUGCGGACGACUCUUUUACGUGUAUGUGGAGGCUGGCCAACAUUAUGCUGUAGUUGCCCACGGCGUAGAACUGAUUGGUCAAGACCUGCCGCUUUCUCCACCUCAUGGGCUGCCGGUAGCAAAGACAUCCGCAGGCAUGCUUCCACCGAUUGCCAACGCAGUUGCUUCAGUUGCUUCAAGCCCUCCCAGCCCAUCCAGCCCAGCGCCGGUAAUCAGCGAGUCCAGAGCCAAGCCUCCGGCAACCGGAAGUGGCUUCUUCUAG